AUGAGGAGUUUUUUAGACCGUGUUGGGCUGUGGGGCGGGCACAGUAGAGUUAGGGCCCAUGGCAAGAGGCACAUCUGCGGCGCUGGUGAGUUGGACGAUGAGAGGUCCAUAGGGACGUCCAAUGCCGCUUCUGAAUCCGUCACAGCAGUGACAAAGAAGGCAAUGACUGCGACAGCUGUAGAGGGUAAUUAUGACGCGGUGAAUGGUAGUGACACCGCGGCGGUGAUGCCAUCCUUGGGCACCGAAAAGGACGAGCAUUUACUGGCUGUGGCUCGGGCAUCCGAAUUCUCUGCGUUGAAAGCAUUGGAACUUUGCCAACUGGAAGUCCUGCAGCUGCAGCGAAUGUGGGAUUUGGACCGCGAAACGCAGCGUUGGACUAUCGUUUUGUUGCAGGAAGAAGUAUGUGAACUGCGACAGCAGUUGGAGCACAAGCGCCGCCGUAGUUCAAUGCAGCGUACCCGCGAGACUGUUACUGCAACGAAGGCCCUCUCCGUGUUGUCCGUGAAUGGAGGUGGUCUAUCGCUACGGUGUGCGUUCGGCAUGGACGCUGUCGAGGCGAACACCACCUCAGAAGCCCCUAUGACGAGUGGCACGGAGGGUUCCUGCACCCGCAGCGAGGCAUCAGCGGAGUGUGCCUCUGCCUUCCAGUACUCACACGUCGUGCAUGACUCAACCCGCGUAGAAGAACUUGAAGAGAGGAUAGAACGCUACGGACGUCUUCUACAUGAUGCCAACAGGGAGUGUGGCGAGCUACGAGCAGAACUAUCACGAGUGGUACGACAGUUAUAUGAUGAUCGCCGCUACUUUACGCGUCACAUCUCUUCCUUGUUGCGUGAGAAGGAGGAGAUGGCUCGCGAACACGCCAGGACGCUUUCCCACCUGGAUGAAACCACAGGCUUGUUAAUGGCCGCGCGUGCAGCUGAGCGGGCGGCAUUGCAGCGCUUUUUUAGUGAAGGCGGUCAGAGUGAAUUGCCUCGAGUGUGUGAGGCACCGAUAGAAGGCGCGGGAUCGGGGGCAGUGCAUUGCUUGCACUGUGGUGGCUCUUCUAUCACUUGCAGUGAAUUAAAGCGCCGCUCGGUGGAUGCUUCGGUGGAGCGGCAACGCUGCAACUCUCUUGCUCUGCGUCAGACAACACUUGAAGACGAGUUGUGUGUUCUAGAAUGUGAAGUGGAGCGCGAUAGCCGGAACGUGGAGGGAAUGUGCCGCAUCGUUGGACGCCUCAUCGACGAAGUAGAAGGAUAUGCUCGUGAUUGUCGGGUCGCCAACCAGGAAGCUGCUGGAUGCCUGCGCGAGAUGUCGUUGCUGUGGUUCACUGAUGAGGAGGAUGCGAGGGGCGAUAACACUGACACCGAUGAUGAUGUUGAUGGGCACAAGAGUGACGACAUCAUUUCGCUCUUGCGGCUACAAGAGCGUGAGAAGCGGGACGACGCGAAGAGUCCGGAGUGUGCACUACCUUCGGCGUUCCACGCAUCCUCACUGCUGCCGGUGGAGCUGACCGGUUGGGGCGACACCUCUACCACCGCAGCUGCCAGUGCUGCCAAUGCUGUCAAUGCUGUCAAUGCUGCAGCAUGCGGUGCCGUUGUGGCACCCAGUUGA